AUGAAAUUCUUCAUUUUCUUUGUCUUCAUCCUUCUCGCUUUCACUGCUGAGCCAGUCGAAUCUCGCAACUGCGGAAUAAAGGCAUAUAAGACUAUCAUGCGGAUUUGUCCAGAUGGGUGCACCACUGACGACGCCACACUUCCAACACGCGUCUGCGCAUUUGCCUUGUCCAAAGAAGAAAUUCAAAAUGGAUGUUGCCCUGAGGAAUAA